AUGAAAGACCAUUAUUCUGAAACUGGUGGGACCAUGGGUUACCGACAUGUUGACACGGCCAGCGGGUACCACGAUGAGGUUUUGUUGCGCGAAGCACUUGAAGAUGCUUUAAGGAUUCAGAAUUGUGCACUGGGCUUCGUUUACCUGUUCAUCACCCACCGACCUCUCGGAUUGAAGAAGGGCUCGAAGGUGCCGCUCACGGAGAUCAGCAUAUUACCCUUUGAAAUGCGCAGCACAAGGGCUACUCUGGAGUACUGUGUGCAGCAAGGCUUCACAAAGUGCGUUGGAGUCGGCAAUUUCAGCGUUUCGUCUCUUCAGGAACUUAUCUUCUUCGCUCAAUUACCACCAGCUGUUAACCAAGAAAGUAUUCCAUCUCGUACAAUCUAAUGCAGACUACCACGUUAUGGGGUUCAAGACUACAGUAACAAUGUGAAGUUACUCUAGAUGGGUUCCAUUAACUCUUCUAGAGGUGGAUUGGCAACCUCGGUGGCAGCAGAAACGAUUCCGGGAGUACUCUAUGAGCAUGGGUAUCGUUGUGGAAACGCGGCCUCCGUUUGGAGCUCCUGGCUUGUUGUACAGGACUGAUGAUUUACUCUCUAAAUUUGUUCAGAAGAAAAUUGCAGAGAAACAUCUGAAGAUCACUGCCCCGAUAAGUGAGUUUGUUAGGUCAUUUUUCGCUGCUCCCAGGGUUUACGAUAUGACCGUUAACGUGAUAAGUUAACUGUUCGGGGAUCUUUAAUGUCCUUGGUUGUCUUUGUUAACUGAAAAGCAGGAGACACAUUCAAACUUUGCAAAAUUCCAACUAAUGGAUGCAAUGGUUAGAAUCACCUUUGACCACAAACAGCUGUCCCUUGUUCUCAUGUUUUUCUUGUACUUCAACAACUAGUGCGCAUAUAUAUAUAUAUAUAUAUAUCGAGAGAGAGAGAGAGAGAGAGAUUAUA